AUGUCGGAGCGCACCCGCAGGGCACGCCUCCAGGUACCGGAAGAACGGCCGCUGCUGCAACGGAACCGUGCUAGUCACACCUCCGAGAUACAGGUCCCUCUCUACGGCUGCAUGGUCAAUCCUCACAGUCACUUGCCAGUGUAUACGAAUAUUCACCGUAUCCGACGAGACAUCAUCUCCAUUGUUGAAGACUACCUAAGUUUGGAACAACUGCGUGAUGUGCGGAUCAAUAUUGCCGUCGUCCGUCCGCUUGUCGACAAAUUGUAUGAGCUUGACGACAUCUCCAUAGUCUACUGCUUGCUCGUGAACCGCGCUCAGUUUCUGCACGAGCAAUCUCACUUGAACAACCGGCAAAAUGUCAACUACAGUCGUGCAGCUCUCUGCGAGCUUGUAGCAACACGAAUACUGAGACGCUUCAGCGACGACAAUGAAGGGCCUGACGGUUUAGUGCUGCUAGCACACAUCUUGGUUGCCGGCUUUGAGCCCUUCCAAAUGGCACCUGCCGGGAUUCGUGAGGCGGCUUCAACGGAGUCUUAUCGCAGCUACAACCGCAUGCUUCCCUCGCUUGAAGUUGCCAUAUUGACUGAGAGUAAAUACUUCCUCAGUGCUACUCCUUGUCAGAAAGUCGUCGAUGCCAUCUACGAAGGCCGUAUUGUCUACACUCCUUCGAGCUUCAUGGACAUUAUUCCAGACCACUACAAGCUCAAGCCCAUUUCGCUGUACAACCCUCGCGAAGGGCCACUGCUUGACCAGUACCGACUUCUUGUGCCUCGUACCAGGAACAUUCUAGAGGUUUUCCAGUUCCUGAUUUUACUAGCUCUCUACCUCUUUGUCAUGGCCGAGCGUAAACCGGAGACUUUCACCAUCUUGGAAGGUUGCUUCGCCGUCUAUGCUUUUGGGUGGUCACUCGACCAAUUUGCUACGAUUUUGGAGCAUGGCUGGCACGUUUACACCCAGAAUCUGUGGUCCUUCCUUGACGUUGGCUUCAUCGGCAUCUACGUUGUGUAUGCAGUACUGCGCAUCCAUGGCGCUCGAGUCGGGGAUCUUGUCCCGAAACAACAAGCUCUCGAUGUACUUGCAAUGGGUGCCCCAGUGCUAGUCCCGCGCCUCGCUUUCAACUUGCUGUCGGACAAUCUGGUGUUCCUCUCCUUGCGUUCCAUGAUGUCAGACUUUGUCCUUCUCACAUUCUUGUCGGCAUGGUGUUUUGGCGGCUUUCUACUGUCGCUUCUAUGGCUCGGUGAAGGCGCACACCCUCCAGUCACAAUCAGCAAGUGGAUGCUCUGGAUCUGGUUCGGUCUCGACGGAACAGGUAUCAACGAAUCGGUUCAAUUUCACCCCAUUCUAGGUCCCGUCCUGAUGGUCGCUUUUGCUUUUUUGGGAAAUACUUUGUUCCUCACCAUCCUCGUCUCGAUGCUCUCAAAUACAUUUAGCACGAUUGUCAAGAAUGCGACUGCAGAGAUAAUGUUCCGAAAGGCUGUCUUGACACUGGAGGGAGUCAAGGGCGACGCCAUCUUUGCGUACCAACCCCCCUUCAACAUUCUGGCAGUUUUCAUCCUUAUUCCGCUGAAAUUCAUCCUCACGCCGCGAUGGUUCCAUAAGAUACAUGUAGCCAGCGUUAGGCUAGUUAACCUGCCGCUCCUACUUAUUAUCGCCGUGGCGGAACGCAGGAUUCUUUGGCCAGCACCGCAGCCGGAGGAAACAAAGUCCAGCAGCCUGACGCUGUACCCGAGGGUCAAACAAUGGUUCUGGGAGAAGUGGCGCAUAACAGCCCACCGCGACAUAAGAGCCGUGUUCGACUUGCCCCCGCCCGAGUCCGUCGAGGAAGAGAUUGCGGUGGACGACGAACUCACACACCACCUCAUCCGACGGCAAUUCACUAGGUCCAUUACGAAUGACACCAUGCGGAAGAAGUCGCCUCAUAGGAGAGAUUCGAUGUUCCCGGGCGUGUCGUCCAAGUUGCGCGGAUCUUUCACUGGCAGCGAGGAUAUACAAGAUGUCGGCAGCAGAUUGGAGGCUCUCGAGCAAACGUCUCUGAGGGUUGAGGCCAUGCUAGCGCGCAUGCUGGACGCCGAGGAUUACUCUGACCGUGGCUUCGGCACUGGGGAGAGCAGCACCCUUCGCGAUGGGGAUGCGCCCUUAACCCAGUCCCCGACCUAUCAAACCUUCAAGGGGAUAAUGUGCGAAGUCUUCAUCUACAAGCACGUCAAGUGCAAAUGCGUCUGGGGCGAGAUCGCCAUCCCAUGCGGCCCGGGCAUGGGCUACACGACAUGCGGACAAUUCGGCAGUGGCAUCGCGAAGAAGCCUUUGAGGCUACAGCGGGCGGACAAGCGGCCAUGUCCGACACACGAACUAUGCGGACUCUACGACCGCAACCAGGCGCGAGUGAUCAAGACGAUUACGCACGGCAUUAAGAUCGGGGCGGGACCAAGUAAGCAGGAUGCCGGGUUCGAGGUCCCUUGCUGCGUCGUCAUGUGA